AAAAGACAUAAAGGAUUCAAGGGAAAAAAAACUUGACAACGUAGAAGAAUAAGUGGGCGGAGGCCUGCUUAAGAUUUCACAAGUAGAAAAGAUAAAACGCAUUUAUCGAAGUUUAUGUCCUGAUAUGAGGUUGUGAACGCAUAUGUGUCUCGGACAUGGCUAAAAUGUAGCAUAGUAAAUAAUCUGAUCAAAUAAAGUAUAUGUUCACUGUCAUAAUGCUGGGAAAUAGUUAACAGACAUGCCGUGGUGCCUAAACACCAAGCGGAAAUAUUUUUUUUAACCAGCCUACAGUGAAAGUCAAUCUUGAUUUGCAUUUUUACCGCAGUUUUAUUCUUGUAAACACAAACUAUCCUCAUCCAGACCAUGGUAGACAAUCGCUAUGCUACAGCUCUGGUCAUCGGCUUUGUGCUGAGCCUGCUGGCCACAGUCUACCUCUCUGUGGCUAUGGGAACUCAGCACUGGUACCAGUACAGUUGCCCACCAGGUGACCCUCGCGGGAGCAACGCCUCCGAGUUCAUCAAUGGAGAGAUCGAUGAGAAGAGUUACCGGGACACCAUGUUCACCCUGAACGGCACCCUGGGGCUGUGGUGGAGGUGCAUAAUGGUGCCCAGCGAGUCACUCUGGUUCAAAGAGCCGGAACCAACGAUGGAGACUCGGUGUGUGAGUUUCACUCUUCCUCAGCAAUUCAGUCCAAAGUACAAAUACCAGGAAAACCAUAACGACGAAGAAGAAGAUCUGCUGAGAACAUACUUGUGGCGGUGCCAGUUUCUCUUGCCCUUGGUGUCUCUGGCUUUGGUGUUUCUUGCCGGCCUCGUUGGGGUCUGUGCCUGCCUGUGCCGCAGCUUCACCCCUACCUUUGGUGUCGGAGUGCUCCAUCUACUCGCAGGUCUGUGCACUUUGGGCACCGUCUGCUGUUUCCUGGCCGGGGAGGAUUUGCUCCAGCGGUAUACCCAGACUCCAGCAGGGCUGGAGGGCUCGUUGGGCUGGUCCCUCUACCUUGCUCUCAUCUCCUUCCCUCUGCAGAUGAUGGCAGCUGCUUUGUUCCUUUGGGCGGCCAGGAGUCACCGCACAAGCUACACCCGCAUGACCGCUUACAGGGUAGCUUAAGGAGGGACUACCACAACCACUUACCUUAAAACCACCUACUGACCUCAGUAUAAAAACAAGGUUUCUGGUUAAGAAAGAAGUGCACUGGUUGUAACUUCAGUUUGUCCACAACAAUCUUUAGAAAACACAACCGUUACAUGAUAUCCCAGUUCUUGGCAGAAAUACAGUCAUCCAUAAUUAGGGGUUUAAUACCUUUUUGAGUGGUGUUAUUUCAACUUUGUUUUCUAGCAUUUGUAACCUGAAUCUUACCCAAAGCAUGCUCUUAGUUGUAUUUUAACACCCGUAUGUUGUGGAUAAUUUGUAAUUCCCGGUGUUAAUGUGUUGCUGUGCUUGAAGGCCUUCCUUUCAGUUGCCAUUGCUUCUAAAGCUGCUCACCACAUUGACCUUAAAUCACCUAUAGAUUAUAAAGUUGCACACACGUUUCUGGGUAGCUUUCUCUUGUUAGUGCAUGACAAAUAUUAUUACUCAAGCUUUGAUUUUAUUGUGUGGAUUUUCUGGGGGGGAUAUUCUUAGAUAUCAAGCCUUUGCUGUGCAUGUCUUAAGGUGAAUUUUUGGUUGAAAUUGUUGGUUUCAUUCUGUGGUACAUGUUGACUCAAAGUCACUCACUUAAAAUGUAACCACUCAUCUCCCAUUGUUGGCAUCUUUUAUAAAUAUAAUAUUUAAAAACAGACUUAAUUUCUUUUUAGAACUGAAUACAUUUGAUUUUACUCCGCAAACUUGUGACCUCUUUAACAUUUGCAUUCCAGAUUAUACUACAGCCACUUUUUGUUGAACUAGUUAACAUAUUUUUCUGAUUGUUUGCCUCAGUACUCUGUUCCUUUUUAAAGCUCAGUUAACAGACUGGAUGGACAGCCAAAUAUCAGAUGUAGCAUAAAAUAAACCUUUCAAAAUGUAAGUAAGUAAUUCUUCAGAGUCAGGGAAUACUGGAAGGUUGCAAAAUCUUAAUUUCCAGUUGAAAGUCCUCAAGAAAGAAAUCUACCUUUACACCCAGCGUUUGUGUGCAAAGUAAAUUCAUUUGUUACUCUUCUGUGUGUCUGAAAUACAUUUAUUAGCACCAGAAAACAAACUGUGAUAAUUGUGUUUCCCAAUGUUUUGUUAUUUGUCUUAUGGGAAUACAACAUGGAUUUUUAAAAUGUUUUGUAUGUAUUCUGAAGCACACAGCAACUGUUUGUGUUUUGAUAAAUUCAACAUUGGAGGAUGUCGGA